CAAAGCGUUACCAUUCUCUAUUUGCUUUGUUCGACACUGUUUAAUAAUUUUUGGCCGUACCAACCAGACGAGUCCCAAAAUUUUUACCAAAACGACGAUCUCAUUGCGUUAGAUCUGAAAAAGCGAGAGCGAGCAAGCGACCUUCUUUAGAGUCGAAGCAAACCAUUCACCAACCAACGAACCCUAAACAAACCAACAAACCAACAAACAAACUCAACCAGAUCAAUUCAAUAUCUCUCUCUCUGUAAUCAAAUCACAAAGAGGGGACGAUCUAAUGGUGGUUGACUGCUGAUAUAUAUUCGAAUUCACGGUGGGGAGCAAAAACGCUGCAGAUCGGAUGGACAAGAAUAAGAACCGUACCGAUCUGCUUGCUGCUGGCCGUAAAAAGCUUCAACAAUAUCGGCAGAAGAAGGAUACUAAGGGCAGUAAAUCAGCAGGUAAAGCUGGUAAGUCCGAGUGUGAUAGCGAUGCUGAUGCGGCAUCUACUGCUGCUAAACUGGCAGUGGUAUUGCUACAAGAUCCUGAUGGGGAAGUCAGUUCAUUGCAUGAUUCUGAUUCUGGGAUUGUUGAUUCAUCAAUCACAUGUCCUAGUGAGAAUUCACAGGCUACUGACAACAUUGAUAUUGCCACUAAUGAUCCUUUGUCAGUGGUGGUUAUACCUGAGACAGGCACAGACACAACGACGUUGGCAAGCUGUGUUGAGUUGCCGCAUGAGGACUUUGGAGUUUAUGAAUCUACAAUGAAGUUGAGUGUUGGCAAGGAACAAGAUUUUGACCCUUUGGUUCCAUAUAAAGUUGAAAGUACCCACACUGUAAAUGCCGAGGGUGCAAGGCUUACUUCUACAGGAAAUUUGGAAAGUGUAGUUUCUGAAAUGAAUUCUGUACAUUUGGCUACCACUAAACCUGUUGAUUCCUCCACACAACCUGAUUUAGUUGGUACGACUAAACCUGUUGCCAUUGCGGUUGAAGCAGAGUGUAUUCAUGGAGCAGAUCAGGUAACAGACAUAGGGGCAAUUCAGGGAGCUGACUGUUUGGAUUCAGAGCAAGUUAAUAGAAGCAGUGGGAUAGGGCUUGAAGGAGAUGUGAGGCCUGAUUUACCCGGGUUCAGUGAAAGUGCUGAAACUUGUGCAGGGACGGUUUCAGGGGAGCCCAGCCCACAGCCCACUAUUGAAGUGGAUCAAACCGAUGAGUUGAAUGAUGCUUCUGCUUCUGCUUCUGCUGGUGCAACCAAUGAGGUAAAAGAAGUUUGGACUAUAGGUGGUCAUUCAGUUUCAGCUCAGCCAUUCUCCGAUUUACAUGUAUCCUCAACUGUAAAUCCUGAAGUAGCAGUUCAUCAGAGAGAAGAUGCAGUGGCAACUUCCUUGAAUGAAGAAAAAUCAGAAAUGCAAUUUCAUCAACAGUUGCUUGAUGAAAUGUCCAUUGCCAGCACUUUGGUUGGUGAAGUUCAAGGGAGGAAUGAAAGCCUUGCUGAAGAUCUUGCAAAGUGCAAGUCUGAACUUCAGGCAGCUGUUUGUGCAAAGGAGGAGCUUGAGAAGCAAGUUCAUACUGCAAAGGCCGAGGUUGUGGAAAUAUCUUCCAGAGCUGAUGAGUUGCAUGUUGAAUUGGAAAGGUCACAUGGGGAAUUGUCAAGCCUGUCAGCGGAGUUGGCUGAAUGUAAGCCAUUGGUGGCAGCUUUACAGGUUGAAAAUGAUAAGUUGAAUGGGAGUCUUACUUUGGCAGUUGAGGAGAAAAAGAAACUUGCGGAGGAGAAGGGAUAUUUGGUACUUGAGAAUGAUAAACUGUUGACAGAAUUAGCUGACUUCAAAUUUUCAUUAUCAUCAUUACAAUCAGAAAAUGUCAACUUAAGUGGCACUCUGGCAUUGACAACAGAGGAGAGAAGGAAGCUUGAGGAGGUAAAAGAGAAUUUUCUGCAUGAGAAUCAGAAACUAUUGAACGACUUAGCAGAGUGCAAAGCUUUGUUGGAAACGCUUGAGGUGGACAAUGCCCAGUUAAAUGGGAGUCUCACUUCCGUAACGGAGGAGCGAAAUAAGCUUGGAGAAGAGAAGGAUCAUUUUGUCACUGAGAAUGAGAAACUGUCAGUGGAGUUUGCUGACUGCAAGAGUUUAAUGGCAGGUCUACAGGUGGAACACCUCAAAGCUUUGGAUGACCUAAAAGAAGCAACUUUGCAUCUUGAAAAACUCACUGAGGAAAAUAUCAAGUUGUCAUCUCGAUCUGGGGAAGCUGCAAAUCAAGUUGAAGGUUCUGACAUGCCAAGCAGGGGACCAGAAUGUGCAACUGCUGCUGAUGAGACUCACUGGCUUCCCAGGGAGGGGGAGGCUGAACUAUUCUCUCCUCGGUUAAGAAAAUCUGAUGAUGGCCUUGUGGAUGGGUCACCAGUUGAGCAGCUUAAAUUGGAUGUCUAUGAUCAUUCUUGUGGGUUUGUAGAUUUGAAGGGACACUUAGAGGAGGCAGAGAAAAUAGUUCAGAAACUUGAGAAAGCAAUUGAAGGGAUGCACUCUCAUUCUGUGUCCUUAAGCAAGUCAAGUGGCAAAACGGCACCAGGGAUAUCAAAACUGAUUCAAGCUUUUGAGUCAAAGACUCAUCAUGAUGACCAUGACAUAGAGGAAGUUUCUUCAGCUGAAAAUCAAUCACUUGUGGACACAUUUAUGUUAGCAAAGGAGCAAACAAGAAGUCUGAGAGCAGUGCUUAAGGAGUUGCUUCUGGAUGCUGUGAAUGCCAGCGAACUGUUCAAGGGGGAGAGAGAUUGUAGGUAUCUUGCUGAUGAUGCACUUGGGGAGCUCAAGGUUGCUUAUGAAGCUCUGAAGGAACACAAUAUCAGUUCUGAAGCAGCAAAUAUCGAAGUCAUUAUUUUAUAUGAGUUUGUAAAGCAACAUGUGUGUGAUAUUGAAGCAAAGAAGGGUGAGCUUCUGGGUCUGUAUGAAGCAGUAAGGCAACACAGUACUAUUCUUGGAGCAGAGAACAGUGAGCUUGUUAAAAAGCUUGGUGACUAUCAGCCACGUAUUAGUGUAUUGGAGAGACAGUUGGAUGAAAUGCACUCAAGUUCAGAUGAGAUGGCUUCCUCUAUCUCUAAUCAAGUGGAAGUUCUGCAUAAAGAAGUAGCUGAGAGGGCAUCAAUACUUGAGCAAGAAUGGAAUUCUACUGUUGCUCAGGUUGUUCAGACAGUCGAGAAGCUUGAUGCAUUGAUCAGGAGCUUGUUUUCCUCCACACCCUCUGGCAAUCAUGAUUGCCUAGAUAUAGGUAGCCGUGUGGCUGCUUCUGUUGAUGCUGCAACCAAAGUGAUUGACAAUCUGCAGGAAAAAUUAGAAGCUUCUGGCAAAGAUCACACAGCAAUGUGCAGUUCAUACAAGGACAUGAUUGAAAAGUUCAAUGAUUUGCAUAGAAAGAAUGAAUUGGCUAUUGGUGUAUUACAUGGGGUCCAUGGUAACCUUGAGAGGCUUGUAAAUGAUUCAUGUGAGCAUGUAGAACAAAGCCAGAUCAUUAAACAAAAUGAGAACCUUAUAGAUCCUCUACAUCUUGAUAACUAUGAUACCCUCAUGGAGCAACUGGCAGUGCUUCUGGGUGAGAGGCUGCAAUUCAAAUCUAUGAACGAUAAACUGAACUUGGAGUUGAUUGAUAUGGCAAAAGAAAUGGAGAAACUGAAGAAAAGAGGCCUUGAUUCAGAUACCAUUCUAAAGCUGGUUGAAGAUGUUGAAGGUGCCGUUAAGCUGAAUGGAACUGGCAUUGACUCAGAUAAGCUUGAAUCACGCUUACAGCGUCUUAUAUCUUUUCUGUUUCAAAAAUACAAAGAGGCUGAUGAGCAGGUCAGCUUGUCCAGUAAGGAAAUGGAAUUAAGUGAAUUGCAGGGACAAAUAGAGCACUUGAGCUUUUUGAUUGUUCAACAUGAUAAUGAAACCCUCAUUCUUAAGGAAAGUUUGAGGCAGGGAGUGGAGGACCUUGUUGCUGUUCGGGCUGAGUUACAGGAGAAAGUAAACGAGCUUGAACAGUCAGACCAGCGGGUAUCUUCUAUCAGAGAAAAACUCAGCAUAGCUGUUUCAAAGGGAAAAGGUUUGAUUGUGCAGCGUGACAAUCUCAAGCAAUCUCUAGCAGAAACAUCCAGUGAACUGGAGAAAUGCUCUCAGGAGUUACAGUUGAAAGAUGCCAGACUUUGGGAGGUUGAAACAAAACUUAAGACCUAUUCAGAGGCUGGUGAGCGUGUGGAAGCUCUGGAAUCUGAACUCUCAUACAUUCGCAACUCGGCUACUGCAUUAAGAGAAUCAUUUCUUCUCAAAGAUUCUAUACUCCAGAGAAUAGAAGAGAUUCUAGAAGAUCUAGAGCUGCCAGAGCACUUCCAUGCCAGAGAUAUAAUUGAAAAGGUUGAUUGGUUAGCGCGGUCAGUUACUGGGAACUCUGUGCCUCCUGCUGAUUGGGAUCAGAAAAGUUCUGUUGGGGGAGGAUCAUAUUCUGAUGCUGGUUUUGUAGCUAUGGAAACCUGGAAGGAAGACACACAGCCAAACUCAAAUUCAGGUGAUGAUUUGAGAGGAAAAUAUGAGGAGCUUCAAAGUAAGUUCUAUGGCUUGGCUGAACAAAAUGAGAUGCUGGAACAAUCUUUGAUGGAAAGAAACAAUGUUGUGCAACGGUGGGAAGAGACAUUGGAGAGGAUAAAUAUGCCUUUGCAGUUGCGCUCCAUGGAGCCAGAGGAUAGGAUUGAGUGGUUGGGAAGUGCGCUUUCAGAGGCUCAUCACCACUGUAAUUCUCUCCAGCAGAAGGUUAAUAACUUGGAAACGUAUUGUUCCUCAUUAACUGCUGAUGUGGAAGAGUCACAAAAGAGAUUAUAUGAUCUUGAGACAGCUCUCCAAGCCGUUCUUCAUGAGAAAGAGCAUCUCUCUGAUAGUUUGGGGAUUCUAACUCGUGAUUAUGAUAAGGUCUCAGAGAAGUUAGUCCGAUUUGAACUUGAGAAUGAUAAGCUGGAGAAUGAGAUAUCUGCUUUGCAAGAGAAAUUGGUUGAAAAAGAGCAUCUCUCUGGUAGUUUGGAGAUUCUAACUCGUGAUUAUGAUGAGGUGUCAGAGAAGGCAGUCCAUUUUGAACUUAAGAAUGAUAAGUUGCAGAAGGAGGUAUCUGCUUUGCAAGAGAAAUUGGUUGAAAAAGAGCAUCUCUCUGAUAGUUUGGAGAUUCUAACUCGUGAUUUUGAUAAGGUCUCAGAGAAGGUAGUCCAAUUUGAACUUGAGAAUGAUAAACUGCAGGAGGAGGUAUCUGCUUUGCAAGAGAAAUUGGUUGAGAAAGUCAGAAAUCAGGAGCAUAUUGAAGAUGAGAUAAGAAGAUUGGAGGAUUUGGUGCAUGAUUUGCUCAAGGAUUCUGUUACAGAGGACGUGGUUUCUGGUGGCAGUAGUACCGAGUGUUUGGAACAACUACUGAAGAAGCUGUCAGAGAAGUACACAGCCCUUGCUUUAGAGAAACCUAUUCUUGUUGACUCAGCUGAUGAGAAAAAUACAAAAAAUGCUGGUGCCAUUCAGGAUGAAAAGAGAGAUUCUGAGGAUUCAAAGGAGGAUGUGGCAGUUCUUAAGAAAGAACUGGAGGAGGCUUUGCAGGAUUUGCUGUGCGUGAAGGAGGAGAGAGAUAGAUAUAUGGAGAGCAAUCAAUCUUUGGUCCAUGAAGUUGAAGCAUUAGAUGUAAAAUGGAAAGAAUUGCAAGAGUUACUUAGUCAGGAGGAGCAGAAGUCAAUUUCUGUUAGAGAGAAGUUAAAUGUCGCAGUUAGAAAAGGAAAAUCAUUGGUCCAACAGCGUGAUAGUUUGAAACAGACCAUUGAAGAAGUGAACAAUGAGGUGGAACGCCUGAAAUCUGAGGUUAACUACCGGGAAAGCAGACUUUCAGAUUAUGAACAGAACAUAAAGGACUUAUCCACCUACCAGGAAAGGCUAGAAGUCCAGGAAUCAGAGAGUUUGUUCAUGAGAAAUCGGUUGGCAGAUACUGAGUACUUUUUGCAAGAGAAAACCAAUACUCUGAGCUUGAUUUUGAAUACUUUGAAUGACAUUGGUGCUGGUUUUGAAUUUAAUAUCAGUGAUCCUGUUGAGAAGUUGGAACAAAUUGGGAAACAAUGCCGUGAUCUACAUGCCGCUGUGGCUUCUUCUGAACAUGAUUCGAUGAAAUCUAGAAGAGCGGCUGAGCUACUCCUGGCAGAGUUGAAUGAAGUCCAAGAAAGAAAUGAUGGACUGCAAGAGGAGCUUUCAAUGGCUGCCAGUGAGCUUUCAGAACUCUCCAAGGAAAGAGAUUUGGCUGAAGCUGCCAAACGUGAAGCUUUUUCGCAAGUUGAAAAGUUGUCUGCUGUUCGUUCUGUAGAAAGAAAUAACCAACUUGCUGAGCUGAAGCUGUUAAAAUCCUGUGUUGAUCAACUGAGAAAGGGCUUCGUUGAUAUUAAUGAUCUUCUUGGUGACGUCCUCUCCAAGGACUUGGAAUAUCUGCACAAUCUGGAGGCAAGUAUGAUGUCAUGUCUGGAACCAAGUGAGGCUAUGAAUGUGGUUGGCCUACCUCUUGGUGGUCCUGUGAGCAUUAUUUCUGCUAAUGCGGAAAACAAGGAGAAGUUCUUGGCUACAAAUUCAUUAUUGGAAUCGAAGAUGCAAGAGUGUACCGAUGACAAUAUUUUUGUUGACAUUUGUAGUCUUCUUGGGCAUCAAUUGCAAGAUUUCAUGAAAGAAAUCGGUGCUCUUAAAGAAGAAUUAUACAAACACUUGAUUACAUUAGAUGAAGGAGCUAAGCAUGCAUCUGAAGUAGCGGGUAUUAUUCAUAGAGAAGUGACUUCCCAAAAACAGUCCUUUGAAUCCAUGAGGGAGAACAUAAUCCGAUUAGAGGUCAUGGAGAAAGAGAAAGAUACUGAAAGUGUUGUAAUGCGUAGAAACAUUUCGUUGCUUUAUGAAGCCUGCAGUAGUUCAGUUAUGGAAAUUGAGAAUUGCAAAGCCCAGUUUGUUGGAAAUGGUUUGGCUGCCACAGAUCUGGGGAUGAACUUGGAAUCUUCAAUUUCUGGUGAUGAAGGAACUCUUUUUAGCCAACAGACUCAUUUGUCAUCUGAUGAACGGAUUAGGAUAAUGGCAGAUAGAUUGUUGUCAGUUGUCAAGGACUUCAUGUGUAUUCAAGCCCAGGUUGUAGAAGGUGGCCAAAAGGAAAUGAAGACUACCAUUUCAAAUUUGCAGAAAGAGCUCCAGGAGAAGGACAUCCAAAAAGACAGAAUUUGUGUGGAGCUUGUCAGUCAGAUCAAGAAAGCUGAAGCUGCUGCAAGGAGUCACUUGCAAGACUUUCAAUCUGCAAAGGCUCGGCUAAAUGAUUUAGAGAGGCAGCUGGAAGUGACGAGGAAGAGUAACAUGUUGGAACAUAGAGUGAAAGAACUAGAAAAUGGCGAAGCUACCUUGAAAGACUCGGAGGAGAGAGUUAGAUCACUGGGUGAUGCGCUGGCUGCGAAAGAACAAGAAAUUGAGGUGCUGAUGCAAGCACUUGAUGAGGAGGAGACCCAGAUGGAAGACCUAAGAAACAAAAUUGGGGAAUUGGAAAGAGUUGUGCAAGAAAAAAAUGUAGAUUUGGAAAACCUAGAAGCCUCUCGUGGAAAGGCUAUGAAAAAACUUUCGAUUACUGUGAGCAAGUUUGAUGAACUUCAUCAACUGUCUGCUAGCCUCCUUUCUGAGGUUGAGAAGCUUCAGUCACAGUUACAAGAACGGGAUGCAGAGAUCUCUUUCUUAAGGCAAGAAGUCACACGAUGCACCAAUGAUGCUCUAGUUGCAUCCCAGAUGAGCAACAAAAGAAAUUCAGAUGAGAUCCUUGAUUUAUUGACAUGGUUGGACACAAUGAUUUCUGGGGUGCUGGUAAAUGAUGUGCAUUUUGAUGACAAGAAAAGGGAUAAAGUUCAUGAAUACAGAGAGAUAUUUCAGAAGCAGAUCGUGUCACUGGUAUCUGAAAUGGAGGAUCUAAGGGCGGUGGUACAGAGCAAAGAUACAAUGUUGCAAGUAGAGAAGAGUAGAGUAGAAGAGUUAACACGUAAAGAAGAAUCUCUUGAGAAUUCCUUACGUGAGAAGGAGUCACAAUUAACCAGGCUUCAGGGAGUGGGAGAUUCUGGACAUACAGGAAGUACAGCUUCUGAAAUACUGGAAGUUGAACCACUGGUAAACAAGUGGGCAGUACCAGGGACCUCCAUGACGCCUCAAGUUCGCAGUUUGCGCAAGGUCAACAACGAUCAAGUUUCUAUUGCUAUAGAUACGGACCAUGGUAAUGGUGGUAGAUUAGAGGAGGAAGAUGAUGAUAAAGCGCAUGGUUUCAAGUCACUCACUACAUCGAGAAUAGUGCCAAGAUUCACGAGACCUGUAACCGACAUGAUUGAUGGUCUAUGGGUUUCUUGUGAUCGGGCGCUAAUGCGACAACCUGCUUUACGACUUGGUGUCAUCAUCUAUUGGGCUCUUAUACAUGCCCUUCUUGCAACUUUUGUAGUUUGAGAAGAGUUUUACUGCAAGAUGAGCAUGGGUCACGGGCACGUUCCAGUGGCAUCAAUCAAGCUUUCUUUGUAUAAUCGUGAAUUGUUCUCUUCUAGAUUUAGAUGUAGUCAGAUUAAUUUGUUAUUCAGCUCAACCAGGCUACUGUGGUUUGCCUCUUUCAUAUAAAUUGCAGAUCGCUUGGUUGCAUCUAAUAAGAAAAAAAGCUAGCCUUUACUGUCACAGAGGACAUAGAUUGAAAAUUGUUUAGGUUGGACAUUGUUCCUUUUGAAUUGCAAUGUCUGUCCUAAGAAGCCGAAAGGUUGUUUCUUGUUAUACCUUCAUAGUUCACAACAAUAUUUCAAUAUCGUAGCCUUUUCAUCCUCAUUUUGGGUUAAGGUAUGUAUAUCUUUUUUGCGCAGAUAAUUCAAGCGUUAAAAUUUUAUUGGAAUCUCUUUUGCAAUAAUUGUUGAAAAUAUUGCAAGGAAUGGAAUGAAAUGAAGGGUUUAGAACUACUUUUCCUGUA